AUGAAAAAGGGAGAAGGAGGAGGAGGAGGAGAAGGAGGACGAGUGACGAAAAUCUCGACUUUUCCAAGCGACUCCGGCCGGCCGCGAGCCCUCCACCGCCCUCCACUUCGAGGCGCGACAGCCCGGGCUCCGCCAGUCCCUCCUGCGCCGAGCAUCCCAUCGAGAAGUCAGAGCAGCAUGCCGGUCUGGGGCUACACGAAGACCACGGGACCGCAUACGUGGUCGGUUUACUACCCGGCUGCCGGCGGCCAGAAGCAGUCCCCAAUCGAUUUGGUACCCGAGAAGGCAGAGCAAGCAGGGGAAAUAGCGCCUCUCUCCUACCAUUACCGUUCCGAUGCCUGUACUCGUGUGACCAACACGGGACAAGGAUGGAAGCUACUCAUCGGAACGACAGAUCCCGUCGUGGGUCGGCCCUCCACUAAUCUGCGAUCCCUUCUAGGCGAGGUGCAAGGAGGACCACUGAACAGCACCUUCAAGCUCGAACAGAUCCACGCUCAUUGGGGGAAGCACGACGCGGAAGGGUCGGAGCAUAGGGUCGAGGGGAAAGCCUAUCCCUGCGAGGUGAGCGUUGAAGGAUUCUUCCUCGGGGCGCUUGGACGCUUUCGGUCCCGUGCCUCGUCAUGUGACGGGUGUGGUGCUUUCGAAUCCUCGGGACUGAAAGUGUUGAGAGCAAUCCACUUGGUGCACUGGGACAGUGACAAGUUCGGCAGCUUCGCCGAAGCGGCCGGCGCCGAAGGCGGCCUCACCGUUCUCGGUGUUUUCGUCGAAGUCGGAGACGAGAAUUCGGAAUUCGCGAAAAUCAUCCAAAUUCUGGACUCCAUCCCUCAUAAAGGAGACACCACUGAUCUCGAGCCAGUGAAUCCUAGCAACUUUCUCCCUGGUGGUCAAUACUGGACGUACGAGGGAUCUCUGACGACUCCGCCGUGCUCAGAAACUGUGAACUGGAUCUUGUUCAAAAACCCCAUCACGGCCUCCUCUGAACAGCUCUCCGCAUUUCGAGCGAUGAAGUCCCAAGCCGCCGGAGAGGAAUGCUCGCAUGACGAAUUCGAGGGGAGAGUCUUGCGGAACUUUCGUCCCCCCAUGCCUCUGUGCGGGAGGACGGUUCGAGAAUGCGCUUGAUUCGCGACCGCCCGGAACACUUCAUAUGUAAUUUCAACCUAUGUAACGAAGGCACCUCUGACAUAGUUUCGAUUAAUUAUUCUCUUCGUUUUAUUCUCCAUAUCAUUAUUUUCCACUCGAUUGGCUCUGGGCUACUUCGGGCGUCAGGUUGCAGGUUUUCUAGGAAGGGUUCUCUUUGUUUCCAUUCUUUUGUUUUUUUUUUUCUCGUGAGUUUAUUGUAUGCAUCCCUCUCCGAGCAAUAUUCCUCCUUGCUAGAAAACCUGUGGCACUUGUGAUCUUGCACCUCAGAGAUAUUUACUCAAUAUCGUGAAUGACAUUUAGCUCAUAAUAUCGUUUGUAGAGACGGAGGAAGUAAAAGUAACAACUUUUCUUCACGAAUUUGGUAAAAGAUGAGAAUUCCUCUUUCUAAAUGAGCGGGAUUUCUCUGACACUGCUUGUGAAAGAGUUUUCUUAACAGCUCAAAUUGUUGAUGUUCUCAAAUCUAUAUAUGAAAUUGCAACUACUAUUGUAGCUGUACUGUAUAGUAGCUAUUAUUUUAGACAGACAACGUUGUGAAGUCCUCGAUUCUACACAUGCAAUUUCAACUACUAUUGUAGCUGUAUUGUAUUGUAGCUAUUUUAGAAUGACAAAAUGAAGUGAUUGUGCUGCUGAUCAUCAACAAGUCAAAGCACAUCUAUUAUGAAAUUAUUUUACAACUGGAAUAAAAGUCAAAUGAUGAGAUAACAAAAGAA